GGGUUCCGAAGACGGCCAUCGCCUCCGCCAAACCCUUUACAGGGGACAAGAGGGGCGAACACCUCGACACAUGGUUGAGGAAUCAGUUGCCAGGUGAGGCCAACAUCAAUAUGCACAACUUUCUCUUGUUUAGCAAGAAAGCCCUAGACAUAGAGGCAAAGAUAGGGCAUGGACAUACACCCAUGACGGACGGUAGGAAGAAGGCACUGCCUCCCAACUGGAAGGCGAAAGGCCGCAUAAUGUUCGUCGACAACGAUGGGUCUACCAUCGAGUUAGAAGACGACUUCCAAGAGGGAGUAGGUACAGAGGCAGGCAGCAUAGAAGUUUCAGGGGUGGAACAGUCGCUGCCUCUGUCCAGAAAGGUGUGUCAGAGAGACAAGCCACGUACACAAGCCCCUUUUGGUCUUCUCAAGCCCCUUCCGAUUCCGGAAAGGCCUGGUGAGAGCCUGUCUAUGGAUUUCAUGGACACGCUGGUCACCAACAAGAGUGGAAUGAGAUAUAUCUAUGUCAUUGUGGAUAGGUUUAGUAAGUAUGCUACGUUAGUUGCAAUGCCUGCUACAGCUAGAACCGAGUAUGUGAUCAAACUGUUCAAAGGGAACUGGGUCAGAGACUUUGGACUGCCAAAGUCUAUUGUGUGUGACAGGGAUGUCAGAUUCACCAGUGAUUUGUGGAAGGCUGCAGCUGUAGAACAGGGAGCGCAGCUGCAGCUGACUUCUGGGAACCACCCAGAGGCAAAUGGCCAAGCAGAGCAGCUGAACCGCGCUGUACAACACCUGUUGUGGCAUCACAUUAAGCCCAAUCAGGUGGACUGGGAUGAGAAACUUGCUCUUAUCGCCAGCCUGUACAACAAUGCCGUGCACAGUUCCACUGGGGUAAGUUCUAACAGUCUGCUACUGACUUUCAAGCCUAGACUGUCCCUAGACUUUCUACUACCCGACAACCAGCCAACUGCUAAACCGGGCACACUGGAAUUUGCCUAUCGCUAUGAACAACUGAUGCAGCAGGCAGUAGAACAGAUGCAUAAGGCACAGGCGGCAAUGAUAGAGUCCGAGAACAAACACCGCCGCCCUUCUACAUUUCAGGUAGGGGACAGAGUUUGGGUAAAUUCCUCAGAACUGGGACAGGAGCACGGGAUCUCCCGCAAGAUCAUGCCACAAUACUUUGGACCAUGGGAGGUUCUGGAUGUUGUUGGGGAAGAUCCGGAUGGACCAUCAUAUGUAAUCCGGAUCCCUGGUCAUCUUCGCACUUACCCUGUUUUUCACGCCUCCAAACUUGCACCUUCCGAGGAAACUGAUCAGUUUCCCACACGUCACUCAAUGCUGCCCCCAACCAUGGACGGAGAAGUCGACAUUGACCACAGGGAAAUGCCGGUUCCAAGACCGACAGGCAGGUCCUCCGAAACCGAAGCUGCAGUACCGAGUUCGGUUCAGACAUCAUACUGAUCCAAAGGAGGAUAGGUGGUUCACACGGGAGGAACUAAUGCAGACCGCACCGCAGGUUGUCGCCCACUAUGAGAAGUUGCUGCAGAAAGGAAAGCGCCAGAUUGAAUAAACUCCUCAGAGGACU